AUGAAAUCCGUCGUCUUGUUUCUCGCGAGUGCUACUGCCGCUUUUGGGGCUAGCAUCCCCUCUGACCCAGUUUGUAUCGUCGGAGCUGGACCGGCGGGGUUGACGACUGCAAACAAGUUGCAAGCUAAAGGAUACUCUACUGUCGUGUUUGAAAAGAAUGAAGCUGUUGGUGGGAAAUGUCAGAGUUACUACAAUGAGCAGGGACUCUUUCACCCCCUCGGUGCCCUCUUGUUUUCAAACGAAACCUACACCGAAACCGUCAAAAUCAUCAACACAGCUCAAGUCCAAGCCACUCCAUUCGACUAUACAUUCAAAAACUGGCUCUUUGAUUACGAGUCUGGGCAUAUCGAGCAGCAAAAGGAACCCAUGUCCGUUACGGCCGCUCGACCUCCUUUCAAAGAAAACAUUGAUCGGUAUAUCAAGAUUUGGCAUGAACAGUUUGAGCCGAUCGUGUCGCUUGGAUAUAAAAAGGGGGUCCCCAAAGAAAUGACGGUCCCGACCAUUCAAUGGCUCUUGAAAAAUAAACUUCCGUUUAUGCUAGUGUUGUUUAUUCAAGGGAUGGUGCCCUAUGGGUAUGGUGAUAUUUUGGAGACGCCUGCGGUGUACAUGUUGCAGUAUUUUACGCCGGAUAUUGUCGAGUUUUUUGCGGGGAAAAAGACGGGGUAUAUCAUUGACUUUCAAAAAGUGUUUCAGCAGUACGCCGAACAGCACGUCAAGGGCCCCCUCCAUCUAUGCACCACCAUCAACAAGAUUGAUCGUACGGGUCCCACCCCAGUCAUUACUUACACUUUACCAGGUCAAACAACACCCACCACUCAAACCUGCUCUAAACUCGUCCUAGCCUUCCCUCCCGUCAUGCACGCCCUCCAAGCCGCCAACCUCGCCAUCUCCCCUGAAGAACAAGAAGCCUUCUCACCUGUUGGCGUCACAAAGUACUGGUCUGGAGCCGUCAACGUCAAUACACCCAACGGAGACAACUUUGCCGGGUUCCUCCGUCCAACAUUUAUCAACACCAUUAAUGAGUGGCUUAAUAAGCUCCCCGUUCCUCUUCCGUCCCUCCCGGGUGCGUUUAUCCCCUUUAUGCCGAAAGCGAAUGGACAACCCACGGCGUUUAUCCGCGUUCAUAAUGCAUCUCAAAUCGCUACUACCUGGUCUUGGGGAAAAUAUAAGAGUAACCAAACCCUAAAUGAAGGCUACACCCUCUUGAAAUCAACCAUUUCGAAAAUAAAUAAAGACCCUCGUGACACUUCUACUCCGCCUAAAGGAAUCACCGACACUGAUAUCAAAGCCUUUAAAGAAUGGGAUUAUUUCCCGCAUUAUGAUACAAAGGAACUUUCUGAAGGGUAUUAUGAGAAAUUCAAUGCGUUGCAAGGAAAGCUGAAUACGUUUUAUGCGUCUGGGUUGAAUGGAUUUGAGACGGUUGAGUUUGCUAUUAGGGCAGGGAAUGAUAUUGUAGAGUCUCAUUUUUAG